GAGAGUCAUUGAUCCCGAUACAUUCCCGGACGGCCGACGCCAUGUCGGAGUCUGCGCGUUCCGCCGGGUCUCUCGUCUCGCCGUACGCUCUUGCGGCUUACGUCGCGUGUAUUGCUGGCGUUGGUGCUUUAUUGAACUGCUCACUUGUAGCUGCGCUUCUCAGAACUUCAAAAAAUGGGUUGAUGAACAUUAUCGUUCAAUUGGCAGUGGCAGAUCUUAUCCUGGAAUCGACAAUCAUUCCAGAACUGUGCUAUUAUAAUUUCCGGACAUGGCAAUUUAGCAACAACGGAUGUAUUAUCUAUAGGGGAUUUAACGUACUAGCAUCAACAGCAUGUUCUUAUUUUGUCAUUACUAUUGCUUUACACACACUGGCAAUUGUAAGUCUUGGCGAAAAGAUAAUUAUGAAACGUAUAAAACAAAGCGAACAUGAAGAUGAUGAAGAGUUAAGAUCAUCGCGUCACAGUCUUGUUGCCAGUAGCGACUCCUCAACGCCCCCACGUACCAUGCACGUGGAUUACAGACUAAAUGUGAUUAAAAUACCUGUCAUUCAACCAAUAAUAUUUAUUUGGAUAUUAUCACUUUCUUUAAGCGUACCCGAUUUUUUUCUUGCAACCGCACUACCAUUAGAUGACGUUUCUUCAAUGUGCGUAAUAGCAGAUACUGAUCACAGACUGUACGUAUAUUCAGUUCUUGCAAUUUUUAAUUUGAUACUGCCAACAGUUUUACUGACGAUUAGUGGUUUUUUAGUAGCAAUUAAAUUAAAAUCGAAAAGAGUUCUGACUUUCCUCGACAGUUGCGAAUCAACAGAAUCUCUCAAAUUGUCAUUAUGGCUUAUACUGACUUACAUUAUACUUUGUGCUCCUCGUUCAAUAUUUUCAGGUUACAUUUUAUAUUCUUCAUCUUUGACGGAAGGAAAUAAUACUUCUUUCAUAAAAACAUUGCACUCAAACGAUACUACAACAACUAUAAAUUUAGCGCUAAGUGGGGCGUCACUCGGCUCUGCUUUCUUACGACCCAUACUAUGUAUACUUUUGUUGCCAAGUGUGAGAAAAGUGUUUGCUUUUGGUUCCCUUCGGGCAGACGUCAACCAUGUGUGAUAAACAAUGAAUUAAAUUUACCAUCUACCUAAUAAUAUUAGAUUAGAUAGGUACGAUUUUUAAGAAAAAGCGAUUUGACGCUAUAGAAUUUAUAAAUACUUAUACAUAAUCGAGUUUUGCAAACUAUGGACUAAAAAAUCUAGUCUUAAGCAUUUAUGCCACUUUAUCGAUAGGGUGGAAAGUCUAUUCCUUAACAAGUACGAAUGGUAAGACGAGACGAUGUAGGUACUUGGUCGUUGUGCUAUUUUAGUUUGGUACUCUUCGGCAUUUCGGCAAGAAGUACCUACCACUUUUUUUUAUUAUAUAAUAUAUCGAACAAAAACGAAGCAGCCGUAAUAAAUUCCACGGUGAAGUAGCGUCGGAUUAUAAAACAAUAAUUCAAUUUAAAUAUUUAGCGUACUCGUAUACCAUUCCUUAAAAGUGGUAGGACGUAUUGUAAGCCUGACUGCAUUUACUUUGGCUCUGAAACCGCUAACACGACGAAUACUGUAAACUGGUCCGCCUAUCGGAUUUUAAACAAUUAAAACAAUUUAAAACAAUUACUUUGAUGUACAUAUAAACAGUGAACAUAACAAGUUCGUUAUUAUGUGCGUCUAAGUUUUAAACACUUUUCCCAACAAUUGCAGUAGAUACCUACAUCUACACUGUAUAUUAUUUUUGUAU